AGCCCCAGCUGAAAGGCCGCGUCUUCUGCAGGCAUCCUCUCGGCUCGCAAGAUCAUAGCCAGCUCCCCGGAACUGGACCUGCCCACGGUGUCCGCGCUCAGGAAGAUGGGUGUGAACCUGACCCGGAGCAACAAGGAGACAGUGAGGCACAGCGACGUGCUGUUCCUGGCGGUGAAGCCGCACAUCAUCCCCUUCAUCCUGGACGAGAUCGGGGCCGACGUCCAGGCCAGGCACAUCGUGGUCUCCUGUGCGGCCGGUGUCACCAUCAGCUCUGUGGAGAAGAAGCUGAUGGCGUUCCAGCCGGCCCCCAAGGUGAUUCGCUGCAUGACCAACACGCCCGUAGUGGUGCGGGAGGGCGCCACGGUGUACGCCACGGGCACCCACGCCCUGGUGGAGGAUGGGCGGCUGCUGGAGCAGCUCAUGAGCAGCGUGGGCUUCUGCACUGAGGUGGAGGAAGACCUGAUAGACGCCGUCACGGGGCUCAGCGGCAGCGGCCCUGCCUACGCGUUCAUGGCCCUGGACGCGUUGGCCGACGGUGGGGUGAAGAUGGGCCUGCCGCGGCGCCUGGCGGUCCGACUGGGGGCCCAGGCCUUGCUGGGGGCUGCCAAGAUGCUGCUGGACUCGGAGCAGCAUCCAGGCCAGCUCAAAGACAACGUCUGCUCCCCCGGGGGGGCCACCAUCCACGCCCUGCACUUCCUAGAGAGUGGAGGCUUCCGCUCCCUGCUCAUCAACGCGGUGGAGGCCUCCUGCGUCCGCACACGAGAGCUGCAGUCCAUGGCUGACCAGGAAAAGAUCUCCCCAGCCGCCCUCAAGAAGACCCUCCUGGACAGAGUGAAGCUGGAGUCCCCCACAGUGUCCACGCUGACCCCCUCCGGCUCAGGGACGCUCCUCACAAGAAACCCGGCCCCGGGAGGCAAGAAGGACUAAGGCAGCCUCUGCCCUCGUCUGUGACCAGAGCCCUUGACUGAGGAACCGUGCAGGGAGAGGGCAGGCUCUGAUUUUCAGUUUUCAGAUCCUUGUUGUAAAAUCUCCUUAAAUCUGUUCAGACCAGGCAGCACUAGAGUCCUUCCUGUCCCGUGCUGGAAGACGCUCUGAAGGGGUGGUCGAUGCUGGAAGCCAGGUGCAGCCUGUACGCCUCCCACUGUUGCAGGAGAGAGAGGCUCG